AUGGCGACCGAUUCAACCACUCCAACCGAGUCGAGCCUGGACAUUCCCAAGGAGCUGCCUCCUGGGGAUGUUUCAACGGCAGUAAACAAUGACGUAUCAACCGAGGAUGCUGACCAGCCAGCAGAAGAAAAUGGGGCUGGCGAAGGGCACGGCUUGAGCAGCGCACAAGUCUUCCUGCUCGUCCUGUCCCUUGGUAUUUCAACGUUCAUUGCGGCCAUUGAACAGACCAUCAUUUCGACCGCCGCACCUUCGAUUUCCAAAGCUUUCAAUGCGACCGAACUAGAAUUUACAUGGAUAGGAACUGCGUAUUUGCUACCAGCUGCUGCUGCUACGCCACCAUGGGGGAAAAUUAGUGACAUCUUCGGGCGCAAGCCAAUUCUCAUGCUCGCUAUCAUUGUCUUUUGGAUUGGGUCUCUUAUCGGCGCACUGGCAACCAACCUCGAUAUGUUGAUCGCUGGCCGUGUCAUUCAAGGCACAGGUGGAGGUGGUAUUCUAGGUCUCUCGGCUACAGUAAUUGGAGACGUAUUCAGCCCAGCCACUCGAAGCAAAUACUACGGCAUUCUGGGAGUUGUUUGGGGUUUGGCUUGUGGUUUGGGUCCUAUUGUUGGCGGCGCAUUCUCCGAGUUUGUCAACUGGAGGUGGUGCUUCUGGAUCAACCUUCCUAUCGCGGGUCUAGCUGGCAUCUUUGUCUUCUUCUUCCUCAAAGUCGAGACGCCCAAGACUCCCAUCGUUGAAGGCCUGCUGGCUAUGGACUGGCUGGGAACAAUUGCAGUCGUUGGCGCCACCGUCAUGUUCCUCCUCGGUUUGGGAUACGGCGGAAUAGCAUACCCCUGGAGCUCUCCCAUUGUCAUUUGUCUCAUUGUGUUUGGAAUUGUGACAUUUGGCAUCUAUGCGGUCAUCGAGGGAAAAGUCGCCAAGUACCCAGUCACGCCGCUGAGACUCUUCAAGUCCACAUCCAACGUCGCAACGUUUGGAAUCGCCUACUGCCACGGCGCGGUAUACAUUGCCGACUUUUACUAUCUCCCUCUUUACUUUCAAACGGUUCUAGGUGCCAGCCCAAUCAUGUCUGGUGUCUACCUAUUGCCCGUCGCCAUCACACUUUCGGUAACGUCAACCAUAACCGGAAUGUACAUCAGCAAAACGGGCCGUUAUCGACCCCCCAUCUACGUUGGACUCGCUUUCCUAAUCCUCGGUCAUGGCUUGUACACCAACCUUCAGCCAUACGCCUCUUGGUCACGAAUCAUCAUCUUCCAGAUCAUAUCUGGUAUUGGCCUCGGUCCGGUCUUCCAGGCUCCCAUCAUUGCUAUUUUCAGCUUGACCAAGCCCGCUGAUAUUGCAAGUGCCGCUGCGACUGUCUUCUUUGCCCGUGACAUUGCCACAGCCAUGUCCAUCGUUUUCGGCGGCGUCAUCUUCCAAAACCGCAUUGCUGCGCAAGCCGACCAACUCUACGCCGUUCUUCCUGAGGACUUGGCAAAGAUUCUCAGUGCUGGCGGCUCCACCACUUCUGGAGACAUCAUUCAUUCUCUCUCGCCAAAGCAAAAGGAUGUAGUGAUUGGGGUCUACAACACCGCCUUGCAAGGAGAAUGGAUCUUUUACACGGCACUGAGCGGCGUUGCUCUUCUCCUGAGUGUUUUGAUCAGUAAGCAGGUUCUAUCUCGCGAGCACAAGGUCAACAAGGUUGGUCUGGAAGCACAGGAAGCGUCUAGAUUGGAAGAGCUUCAAAAAGAUGAGGAGAAGAAGAAUGGGCAAUCUGCAGCAUAG